GGCUCCACCGAGGGGAAGCCGAGCGGCGCCGGCUGUCGAGGUGCUCCGUGCCUCGCUGCCUGGGAAACUUCGGAAUCUUGCCGGGGAGCGUCUGUCCCCUGCCCCGAGGGGCGCUCCGUUGGAGGGAAGUGUCCCCGUGCGCACCAGCUGGAUGGCGCGGACCCUGAGACCCGAUGACAUCAACCCCCGGACGGGGCUUGUGGUGGCUCUGGUCAGCGUCUUUCUGGUGUUCGGCUUCAUGUUCACCGUGUCUGGCAUCAAGGGAGAGACCCUGGGAGACAUCCCGCUGCUGGCUAUCGGGCCGGCCAUCUGCCUGCCGGGCAUUGCCGCCAUUGCCCUCACCAGAAAGACCGACGGCUGCACCAAAUGUCCCGAGAACAUGCGGCCGUGGUGUAAGGAAGUCAAGGACCGGGAUGUCAUAGAGCUGCUAAGGACCCCCUCGGACCUGGAGUCUGGCAAGGGAAGUUGUGACGAGCUGACCAGGAAAGCUUACCGCAAGGACAGGAGAGGGCUGAGGGGAGAGGACACCGUGUUCAUUUGCAGCACCAGCACCACCGCCGCUGCCACCGCAGAGUGCAAGAGCCUCACCAAAAAGGUGGAGCAGGAGGAGAUGCUGAAAUACCUGGAAAGCUGUUACCCAGAGAUACCAGAGAAUGUGUUCGUGGGAGAUGGCUCCACAUACAGUGCCUUGGAGAAGAAGAGCUCUUCUCCCAGCAGGGACAGCACUCCUUGCCCUGACAUUGAGGACAACAUUUUUGUGGUUCCUAAAGACAGUAUCAUUGUCUGCUCUUACAAGGAUAACAGCCCUUAUGACAGGUACUGUUGUUACAUAAACCCCACUGGAGUCAAUUCAGACCAGGAAACCACUGUCUGAAAGAUGCAUACUUUAUAUAUAUGUAUGUAUACAAAAACUGCAACUUCAACUUCUUGAUAGGGGAUAAUAUAGCUGACUGCAUGGGACAAUCCUGAUACUAUUUCAAUUUAAAGUGGUAUGUGACUGAUACUCAAA